AUGGCCUCCGCCAGCAAGACCAAGAUAUAUGGUCUGAAGCUCUCGACUUGCACGAAACGGGUUCUUACAGCUCUAGAAGAGAAGAAUGUUACGGACUAUGAAUUCGUGACAAUAGAUUUGUCCAAGGGCGAGCAGAAAUCGGCCGAGUUCAAGAAGAAACAGCCUUUCGGCGUCAUUCCUGUGCUGGAGGACGAGGAUGUUGAGCUCUUUGAAUCUCGAGCUAUUGCACGAUAUGUGGCUGACAAGUACGCUGAACAAGGCACAAACCUCCUCGGUUCCACCCUUAAGGAGCGUGCCCUGGUGAAUUUGUGGCUGGAAGUGGAGUCUCAAAACUACAACCCCCCUAUUUCUGGGCUGAUAGCUGAGAAGAUUUUCAAGCCUAGGAAGGGACUGGCCACAGACGAGGCCAAGGCAGCGGAAUACAAGGCGAAGCUCUCUCAAGUCCUUGACGUGUAUGAGGCACGCUUGGCUUCAAACGACUACCUGGCUGGCUCCUUUUUUUCCCUGGCGGAUCUGGUCCAUCUGCCGUACACUGCCAUGCUCUGGGUGUCCGGUGAUUCUGAUGUGAUAACAUCACGGCCUAACGUGAACAAGUGGUGGGAGCGAAUCUCGUCUCGUCCAUCAUGGCAGAAAGUCUUCGCCAUGAAGCGCGCCACCACGCCUCCGCGCCUCCUCGUCUCCGCGCUGGCUCUCCUCCUCGUAGGCGCGCCUCCGCGCCUCCGCUCUCCGCGCCUCGUCGCCUCCUCUCCUCACAGGCGCACGCGCCUCUCCGCGCCUCUUCACCUCCUCGCCACAUCGCCUUUGCGCCACCUCGUCUCCGCGCCUCCUCCCCUCCGCGCCUCGUCGCCUCCUCCCCUCCGCGCCUCGUCACCUCCUCUCCUCCUCGCCUCCUCGCCUCCGCGACCUCUCGGCUUUAAGAACCUGAGUAGGGUUUGGAGUUUACGCUCCGCACGCUUUUCACGCUCUUCCCUCGCCCAUGCUCCUCCCACCCAAAACUCUUCCUCAUUGCAGGUGGUAGGUCUGGGAGCAUCAGGCAGAGUUGUGACAUGUGGUCUUAAGACUCUCUCACACUUUGCACUCUUGUUUCUCCUCCCGCCCACCACUCUUUCCCCCUCCCAGGUGGUAGGUCUGGGAGCAUCAGGCAGAGCAGCAGCGCGCCUGGGUCUACCAAGAGGUGCUGCUGCUGUGAUCGGACUGGACAGGCAGGAGGACAGAUGCCCAGGCACUCCCUCACCCAUGCUCCUUUCACACACCACUCUUUCCCCCUCCCAGGUGGUAGGCCUGGGAGCAUCGGGCAGAGCAGCAGCGCGCCUUGCUCUAGCGCGGGGAGCUGCUGCUGUGAUCGGUUUAGACAGGAGGACAGAUGCCAAGGCACUAGAGGAUGAUCCAAGCAUCUGGGACGGACUUCCAGAACCCACCUCCUCUCCCCCUCUCGUCUCCCGCCUCUCCACCCAUCUGGGGUCCCACCCCCUCCACGUCCUCCUCUCUGCCUCCCUCGUCGUCCUGUCUCCUGGCGUUCCGCUUUCAGAGCCCACAAUAAGCCAGGCUCAGUCUCAGGGCGUGCCGAUGCUGUCUGAGCUGGCAUUCGCCUAUGACAGCCUGCCACCUGGACUGCCCAUUGCUGCCGUCACAGGGACCAACGGCAAAUCCACUGUUGCCACGUUUGCAGGCCAGAUUCUCGAGUCAAUCGGAAUCCACACGUUUGUGGGCGGCAAUCUGGGAACGCCCCUCUCGCUGGCAGCCCUCGAUUUUGUCACGUCGGCACAGCGCGCAGUUGUGAUUGAGUCAGGUGUGAUCGCAGCAGUGGUGGAGGCAAGUUCAUGUUUCUCUCGGCCGCCUAUCCCAAUCAUCUCUCCCCUCAAUUCAACCAUCCACUCCAUCCAUCUCUCUCCUCCUACCCAUCCCAUCCAUCUCUCUCCUCCUACCCAUCCCACCCAUCUCUCUCCUCCUACCCAUCCCAUCCAUCUCUCUCCUCCUACCCAUCCCACCCAUCUCUCUCCUCCUACCCAUCCCACCCAUCUCUCUCCUCCUACCCAUCCCAUCCAUCUCUCUCCUCCUACCCAUCCCAUCCAUCUCUCUCCUCCUACCCAUCCCAUCCAUCUCUCUCCUCCUACCCAUCCCACCCAUCUCUCUCCUCCUACCCAUCCCAUCCAUCUCUCUCCUCCUACCCAUCCCAUCCAUCUCUCUCCUCCUACCCAUCCCAUCCAUCUCUCUCCUCCUACCCAUCCCACCCAUCUCUCUCCUCCUACCCAUCCCAUCCAUCUCUCUCCUCCUACCCAUCCCAUCCGUCUCUCUCCUCCUACCCAUCCCAUCCAUCUCUCUCCUCUUACCCAUCCCAUCCAUCUCUCUCCUCCUACCCAUCCCAUCCACCUCUCUCCUCCUACCCAUCCCACCCAUCUCUCUCCUCCUACCCAUCCCAUCCAUCUCUCUCCUCUUACCCAUCCCAUCCAUCUCUCUCCUCCUACCCAUCCCAUCCAUCUUUCUCGCACCAUGAUUCUCUCCCCUGUGCAGGCAGCGGUGGUGGAGGUGAGCAGCUACCAGAUGGAGUCGCCUGGAAGGUUCCGUCCCAAGGCUGCGGUCAUUCUGAACCUCACGCCGGACCACCUGGAGAGGCACGGUGACAUGGAGAGCUACGGGGCGGCAAAGUGUCGUCUGUUUGCGCGCAUGGGGGAGUCUGACGUGGCAAUCAUUCCAUCAGCUCGCAUGUUGAGAGAGCCGAACAGUGCGAGUUGA